AUGUCCGAGCCCGCGUACAAGGAGAUUGCCCGCCGGAAGAAGGCACAGCUGGAGUCAAAGAUACCGCAAAGCUGGCGUCUCUCUGCCCAAUGGAUACCCGCUGGCACUCUUUCAGCCGAAGAAUCGAUCACAAACACUCGUUCUUAUGAUCAGUCGGAUGUCACUGACAUUCCAAGGCGGUGUGGCCUGCUCACGGCGAGAGAACUCGAGAUCACGGAGGCAUGGGAUGUCAAGGGACUGCUUGCAGAGAUGGCCAACGGGAAGCUAUCCUGUAAGGAUCGUGCUGCUAUUGCCCACCAGCUUACUCGCUGCCUUACGGAGCCGCUAUUUGAUGACGCUAUGAAACGUGCAGAGAAACUAGAUGACCAUUUCAAACGUACAGGAACAACAUAUGGUCCUCUACAUGGCUUACCAAUAUCCGUCAAAGACACGUUUGAUAUCGAAGGAGUCGAUUCUACUACUGGAAUAGCGUCCCUUGCAUUCAAACCAGCAAAGCAGAACGCUCCUUUGGUGGACCUACUUUACUCCCUUGGAGCAGUCAUUGUGGGGAAGACGAAUGUUCCACAGACUCUGGGCGCCCUGGAUAGUGUCAACAAUCUCUUUGGCCGAACCCUGAAUCCAUUAAAUCGGAAGCUGACCGCUGGAGGCAGCUCCGGUGGAGAGGCAGUUAUGGUCCUAAUGCGAGGCUCUAUGGUUGGCAUUGGAACUGACGUUGGUGGCAGCAUCCGUGUCCCGGCUAUGUGCGAGGGGCUCUAUGGUUUUAAACCCAGUGUUGGCCGUGUUCCGUAUGGCGGGCAGGAGUCUUGUGCUUUCCCGGGGCGUAGCAGAACAAGUAUCCAGGCUGUUGCGGGACCUCUUGCAAAGUCUAUGGAUGAUAUUGAUGCUGUGAUGAAAGAAAUAGUCCCUCGGUCAGCACUUUGGGGCGAAGACUGUAUUCCGGGCCAGUGGGCACCGCGAAGCCCGGGAAAGUCAUCUAAGUUUACUGUUGGAAUACUACGAUCCGAUGGCCGAAUUCCCCCUCUGCCUCCUAUUGCGAAGGUUUUAGAAGAGGUUGCUCAAACUCUUCGAAACACUAACGGAGUAGAGGUUGUCGAUAUACCCGUCCCGCCUGAACUAGGGGAAUGCCAGGCUGUAGCAAACGCUUUAAUGGGUGCUGAUGGGGGUCAGCAUAUGAUGAACCUGCUGGAGAGCACCUCAGAAGAACUCAUCCCAUGGUUAAAGGGCCGAGUUAAACGAGGAACACCCAAAACUAUUGAUGAACUUGCAAAGAUUCAAGCAAAACGCUCCCAUAUUGAAAGGCAACUCAUGAAGAUGUGGACUGUCCCUGGAACUGACAAGACUCGGCGUGUCGAUGCUAUAAUCCACCCCGUCGCCCCCCACCCUGUGCCAGAGAUUGACCGAUAUAAUGCGGUUGGAUAUACUUCAUCUUUCGUCCUAGUCGAUUAUCCUGCUGGUAAUCUUCCUGUUCGCAGCUUUACUGAACGAGACCUGGAGGCUGGUAGAGAGAUGGAUUCUAAAGUCCUGUCUAGCUGGGAUAAGAGAAAUAGGGAACUAUGGAAUUCAUCCACCGUUGAUCGCCGAGUCUACCUCAAUUCACCCUUAUCAAUCCAAGUCCUUACUCCGAGACUACAUGAUUAUGAACUCUACUACGCAAUGAGUAUUAUUGAUAAAGCUUUAAAGGACGGAAAGCGUGUUUCGUCACAACUAUAA